AUGUUUUCUUUAGCAGCAGCACUGAGUGGUGGGCAGCAGAGCUAUGAUGGUUCAAUAGAGGAGGAGGGCGUGAUGUGCAGCAGCAGCAGCAGCAGCAGCAGCAGCAGCAGUAACAAUGAGGGCAUCAACCGCGGUACAAGCUGCUGCUGCAGCACCUGCUGCACCAACACCACCACCACCAACAACAACAACAACAACAGCAGCAGCAGCAGCAGCAGCAGCAGCUUGCUGCUGCAUGCACUAUCUAGGAGCAGACGUCUAUGUAUAAACUUAGCAGCAUUUCUUGGCUCUUCUUAUAUAAAUAAAAGUUUGCUGCAGUUAUCUAUUGAGGUGUACGUACACCUCGUGCUGCAGCAGCAAAUUAUAGAUCUAGGACCAUCAGAUCUCCUGCUGCUGCAGCAAAAACCUAUGCAGCAGCUGCUGCUGCAACGGCUGCUGCUGCAGCAGCAAGCAUGGAAAAAAACUACUACUCUAUAUGUACGCAAUAUGCUGCAGCUGCAGUUGCUGCAGCUGCAGCAGCAGCAGCAGCAACAGCACCCUACCCGCAGCAACGAACAGCAACAGCAACAGCAACAGCAGCAGCAGAUGCGCUGCUCCCGCUGCGGUGGCCUGCUGCAGUACUGGGGCCCUCCUGUGGGGCUUGCUGCAUGCGCGGCAAAAGAUUAUUUACUUUGCAUGCAACAUUCAGGUGUACAUACAGUUCGUCUGCGUCUGCUGCGGUUAGGGGAGUGGCAGCAGCUGCUGCUGCCGCAGCAGCAGCAGCAGCAGCUACAGCUGCAGCAGUUGCAGCAACUGCAGCAAUUGCAGCAGAUUCAACAACUGCAGCAACAAUUGCAACAUAACAAUCAACUGCAGCAAACGCAGCAGCAAUUGCAGCAGCAGCAACUGCAGCAACAGCAGCAACUACAUGAAUUACAACUACGGCAUCAGCAGCAACUACAGCGACAGCAGCAGCAGCAGCAGCAGCUGCUGCUGCAGCUACUAUGGCCUGCUCAUAGUCUAGAGCUAAUAGGGUGCGAGAUAAAUACGCAGGUAGCGGAGGCAAUUGGUGCUGCUGCUGCUGCUGCUGCUAAGGCACAGGAGUUAUUCCUUAAUGAUUGUUAUUGUAGAUUAGGCAUGCAGCUGCUGCUGCUGCAGCAGCAACAGCAGCAACAACAUGAACAACAACAGCAGCAGCAGCAGCAGCAACAACAGCAGCAGCAGCAACAGGUUUCAUACGACGACGAAGAAACUGCAGCAACAGCCGCCAGCAACAAGCAGCAGCAGCAGCAGCAGCAGCACAGCCACCAAGAACAGCAACAGCAACAGCAGCAGCAGCAGCAGCAGCAGCAGCAGCAGCAGCAGGUAGAGAUGUAUUUACAGGUACCUCCUCUUUCUCCUGAUUUAUAUUUGCAGCAAAUAAAUGAUUUUGCUUUUUGCUGCUGCAGCGAGGAAGCAAUCAAGAGAAUUGUAUGCCAGCAUGCACACUGCAGCAGCAGCAGCAGCAGCAGCAGCAGCAGCAGCAGUGACAGCAGCAGCAGCAGCAGCAGCGCUGCAUGCGUUGAGGAAGAUAACACCACAGGAUCUAGCUGCAGCACCAGCGUAGCUGGUGGUACCAGCAGCAACACCCCAAUCAGCAGCAGCAGCAGCAGCAGCAGCAGCAGCAGCACGACCCCCAUCACUAGCAGCAGCAGCAGGAGGAGAAGAAGGAGACAUAGUAUAUUAUCUAGUAAUUGGUUUAGUAAUGGUUUGCUGCAGCAGCUAUGCAUGCGCAGCUGCGCGGUGUCUGUACAGGGGAUGUAUAAAUUAGCAGCAACUUUGCUGCUGCCGCUGCAGCAGCAACUCAAGGUGCUGCUGCUGCAGCAUUGCUCAUUAGAUUGCUGCGAUGCUUUGCUGCUUGCUAGAUCCUUACACCAGAUGGAGGCAUUAGAGGUGUUGGAUUUAAGUAACAAUGAGAUAAAGGACACAGGAGCAACUGUGCUGCUUGCUGCGCUGCACCGCGGCAGCAGACAGGCGAGCGUGCAGCGUCUAGCGGAGUUGCGUCAGCAGCAGCAGCAGCAGCAGCAGCAGCAGCAUCAAGAGCACCAUGAACAGCAAGAGCAGCAGCAGCAGCAGCAGCAGCAGCAUAGAGAGAGGGAGAGAUUAAAGAGGGACAGCAACGGUGACGAAAUGUCGUCUAGCGAGCCUUUGCUGCUGCAGCAACAGCAGCAACAGCAGCAGCAGCAGCAGCAGCAUGACCCCCACCACUACCCGCACCAGCAGCAGCAGCAGCAGCAGGAGGAGGAAGAAGAAGAGGAGGAAGAAGAAGAAGAAUUAAUGCCUAGAUCUACGGUGUAUAGGCAGCUAAGAUAUAUAGAUCUAGGGGGUAAUGAUCUAUGGGGAACAGAGACACUAUUAGCUGUUCUUGCUGCAUUUGUUGCUGAUGCAGCAGCAGCAGCAGCAAGAAUUAAUUAUAUUUCCUUACAAUCUAAUGAUCUAGGUCCUGCUGCUCUUGCUGCACUUGCUGCUGCUGCUGCUGUAUAUACACAACAACGUAAUAAAAUAUUGCAAGCUGAUGCUGCAGCAAGAGAGGCUGCUGCAGCAAAAGAAGCUGCAGCAGCAGCAAGGGCUGCAGCUAAUGCUGCUGUUGCUGCUGAACAAUCCUCUAGUACACCGGGUGCAGCAGCAGCUGCUGCGGCAGCAGCAAAUGCAACUGCUGCUGCUGCAGCUACUGCUGCUGCUGCUGCUGCUGCUGCAGUAGCAGCAGAUUCAGAUGUUUGCUGCCGCAGACAUCACAUGCGUAAGCAACGCUACUUCAGCAGCGAAUUCGACAGCAGCAGCAGCAGCAGCAGCAGCAGCAGCAAGAGCAGCAGCAGCAGCAGCAGUGAUGAUCGUCCUCUAUGCUGCAGUCUGCUUAUAGAUAUGAGAGACAACCCCCGCUGCAACAGCAGCAGCAGCAGCAGCAGCAGCGACAACGGCAACAGAAGCAGUUCUCCUACACCUUCGUCCGCUAGCAGCAGCAGCAGCAGCAGCACGAGCUGUUGCAGCACCCCAACAUUUGCUGCUGCUGCAGCAGCAGCGACAGCAGCAGCAGCAGCAGCGGCAGCAGCAACAGUAGAAGGGGAUUCGCCGUCACUAGACGCAAGCCGCAGCACGAGCCCAACUAGCAGCAGCAGCAGCAACAGCAGCAAUAGGAGCAGCGGCUGCUGCAGCUGCUGCUGUAUUGUGCUGCAUGAUGACUCCUUGGAGGCUGCUGCUGCUGCUGCUGCUGCACCACAUAUAGAGAGAAGAAAGAGAAGCAGGGAGAAACCUGACGAUAUUAAGCGUCGUGGCAAUAAGGUGUAUUGCUCUGCAUCUGCUGCUGCUGGUGGCGGUGGAUCUACGCAGCGUAGGGAGCAGCAGCAGCAGCAGCAGGAGCAGCAGAAUUCCUCGAAGUGUUGUUGCUGCUGUUGCUCUUGUGACUGCAUGCGUGCCCCUGCUGCCUGCUCAGUUGCUGCUUCUGCAGCAGCAGCAGCAGCACAACAAGCAUGUACUGGUCCUGCAUCUGUAGCUCUUGCAGCAGCAGCAGCAGCAGAGGCAGCAGCAGCAGAGGCAGCAUCAGUAGCAGCAGCAGCAGCAGCUACUGCUCAUGAGACAACAGCUGAGCAGAUAUCUCUUGCUGCAGCAGAGACAGCAGCAGCAGCAGCAACAAGAGGUCUUGCUGCAGCAACACUAGAGAAAUUAGGUGCAGCAGCAAGAAGAGAAAUAAAUUUCUUAGGGGAUACACUAACAGGAGACGCACGAAUGUUUAUAUCUAGGGGUCGUCAGGUGUAUAGGGAGGUGCUGCAGCAGCAGCAGCACCAUCAACUGCAGCAGCUAAGACAUAGUAAAAUCCUACUGCAGCAGCAGCAGCACCAGCAGCAGCAGCAGCAUGGACCGCAGCAGCAAAUUGUACGCAGCAGCAGCAUUAGUGACGCAGAGACAGAAGAUGAUUCAGACUAUGAAUUGUCUGAUGUUGCUGUUAACAGCAGCAGCAGCAACAGCAGCAACAGCAGCAACAGCAGCAACUGUCCAUCACCAGCAGCAGCAGGCAGCAGCAGCCCUAUAAUGGGCCCUAGCUACUGCAGCAGCAGCAUUACUCCUCGUACUAUAGAAGCAGCAGAAAGAUGCAGCAGCAGCAGCAGUAGCAGCAGCAGCAGCAGUAGUAGUAGUUGUUAUACCCGACGCAGGCAUCCACACAAUAAUAACGCCAGCAGCAGCAACAGCAGCAACAGCAGCAGCAGCAGCAGCGGCGGCAGCAGCAGCGACACAGACAUCAGCAGCGAAGUCCAAGAGAGCGAGAUGGUCGAUUUGUUAGACGACGCAUUUGCUUCUAGUCCUCUCUAG